CAAGCUUUUGAUUGUUUUUAAGACAUUCAAGGCCGGUUUAAAAUAUACAUUAAAUGCCAUAAUAGGUCACCUUUAAGUUAUCAAGAAUAAAGUCGUGACCGAUGAUUCAAGUUCAGUAGAUUUAAUACAUCAUUUGCAGCAAGCUGGUCAGAACGUACCGGGGAGCCUCGACGCAGAGAACCAGAGAACUAGAAUGCAUCGUAAUCUAAACAACACAAGAAUGAUGAAGACUAAGCACAAGCAGGGAUCUGGAGAAUACCCAUGAAUCAAACAUUUGCUUCAACUGUGACUUCUUUCAAGGUUGUCUUUGUUGACUGAAACCCAGUCAGGGGCAUCAGACCUGCAGCUCUGGGGGCGACGGUGGGUGAAUCAACAAACACCACACAAAAGGCUUAUCUGAUCAUUGUGUGUCAAGAUGCGUUUAAAAUGCGUCCGGAGCACUGCUGCAGGUUCCACCAGGUGACCGGUUUCAGCAGAGGGAAGGUCCGCCCCCCCCUCCCCCGUGUCUGGGGGAGGGAUGUGGGUGUGGGGCUGUCACUGUGGAUCUCCACCUGGAUUUUGCUCCCACGCUGCCCACUCAGACGCCACAGCUGAGACAUGAGCGGACGAGUCGGAGACCUGAGCCCCAAGCAGGCUGAGAGCUUAUCCCAGUUUGGGGAGAGGAUCCAGGACAUCCUCCCCAGCCUCCCAGCACAACAUGACCACUACCUGCUCCGCUGGCUCAGAGCUCGUAACUUCAAUGUUCAGAAAGCUGAGGCCAUGAUCAGAAAGCACAUGGACUUCAGACAACAGAUGAAAGUGGACUCCAUCCUGUCUGACUGGAAGCCUCCAGAGGUGAUUGAGAAGUUUGUGGCUGGAGGGAUGUGCGGCUACGACCGUGAGGGAAGUCCAAUCUGGUACGAUGUGAUUGGUCCUCUAGAUCCUAAAGGUUUGUUGCUGUCGGCGACCAAACAGGACUUCAUGAAGACGAAAAUCCGACACACGGAGAUGCUGCACCGGGAGUGUCGCAGACAGUCUGAGAAGUUGGGGAGGAACAUCGAGGCCAUCACUCUUAUUUACGACUGUGAAGGACUCGGACUGAAGCACAUCUGGAAACCUGCUGUCGAGACUUACGGAGAGAUCCUCACCAUGUUUGAAAACAACUAUCCUGAGGGGCUGAAGAGGGUCUUCCUCAUCAAAGCUCCAAAGAUGUUUCCGAUGGCCUACAACCUCAUCAAACACUUCUUGUGUGAGGAAACACGACGUAAGAUCAUCGUUUUAGGAAGUGACUGGAAGGAAGUUCUGCCUGAACACAUCGACCCUGAGCAGCUUCCUGUUGUGUACGGAGGAACCCUGACUGACCCUGACGGGGACCCUCGCUGCAGGACCUGGAUAAACUACGGUGGCACGGUUCCCAAGUCGUACUACGUGCAGGACUCGGUGAAGGUCCAGUACGACAACAGCGUGACCAUCAGCCGCGGGUCCAGCUUCCAGCUGGAGUAUGAAGUCACUGCAGCCAGCAGCCUCCUGAGGUGGCAGUUUGCCAGCGAUGGAGCAGAUAUCGGCUUCGGCGUGUACAGGCGCACCAAAGAGGGCGGCGGUCAGAAGGUGGCCGAGAUGCUGCAGGUCCUUCCCAGCGAGCGCUACAACUCUCACCUGGUCCCUGAAGACAGCUCCCUCACCUGCUCAGAGCCGGGAGUCUACGUGUUGUGUUUUGACAACAGCUACAGUUUCCUUCAGUCCAAGAAGGUGAGCUACAAAGUGGAGGUGGUUCCUCCGUCAGACGGACAGCUGAAGAGCCCACACAGCAGAGGAGACGGGAGGCUACAGUAGGGACGCCCAGGCAUGAGGGAACCAAGUCCAGCUUUUAUAGCCCCUGCAAGUGUGGCCUGUAAAUAAGAGUUUGUAAUUCUUUGAAACUUCAAUUUGAACAUUAAUUAUCACCAGGAAAAGAACAGUACUGUAAGACAGUGACUGUAUGAAACAGACAAAACACCCUGUGAUGUCAUCGGUAGGUUUUCUAGAGGUAUUUGAAGCCUGUGUUUUUCAGGCAUCUAGAAGGUCAUUUGACACAGUAAGAUGCUGUUAUUAUUAGACUGGAAAACCAGGAUUUCUACAGGUGUUGCGUUAUUUAAGCACUGAUUUAUAUGUUAUGUGUAAAGGUGCUUCCCUGCCUUAUAACAGAUCUACUUCAGGUCGGAGCCGUUUCCUGCUAUAUACCAGCUCCGUCCAUCCCACAACAACCUGCAGCCUCUGAGGUUGUCGAUCACAUCAAACUCCCACAAUCCCGUUGGGUGUCUUUUUUAAACAAAGUUCAGUUGAAUAAAAUAUUUGAAUCUAUUAAUUGAAUUGGCCCUGCGAUGGACUGGUGUCCUGUCCAGGGUGUAACCCCUGCCUCUCACCUGAAAUGAGCUGGGAUAGGCUCCAGCAGACCCCCGUGACCCUGCAAAGGAUAAAGCGGGUAUAGAUAAUGGAUGGAUGGAUAUUAAUUGAAUCUGAAUUUUGUCAGAAUUUGUUAUUUCAUAGUUAUACAUUUCAGGGAUUUUUUAAAUAAAUGUUGUGAGUUUAAGUCAGAAAUACUGAAUAUAAUUUCUUGAAUUUGCAAACUUACAGUAUUAUGUCAGAAAUGUUUAUUUUCACCAGAUUUGGGUUUAGGUCAGAAAUUCUGAAUUUUCUCUCACAAGUUAGUAUGUUUAGAAAUUCUCUCGUAAAUUUGCAAAUGAAUAAAGUCAGAAAUUGUUUUACUUCUCGUAGACAUCAGAGUUUAGAAAGUUUUCCCUGACACUGUAACCCCGCCUCAUCGCCAAACACCUUUUUUUUUCCCCCAGUAAAGUCCACAAUGUGUUGAGCUAGCCACACAUCCUUCAUCAAAAUACCUUAGCUACUGUAGUGUCUACAAAAUCGGGACUGGAUCCUCAGCCGUACGUUGUCAUGGAUUAACGCCACUGAUCAUCUGAACUCUGAUCAUCUGAUCCUCCAUCACACGAGCAGAAGAGAUGGACGCCUCUGCUCAAGUUGAACUCCCCCGCCUCUAGCUGUGUGCUUUAGAAAAGUCGUAACCACACACACCAACACUAACAUAAUCAUGAGUGGUUGAACGUGGAGGCCCUGCCUCCUCUGGCGGAUGGAGCACAGCUGUGGUCCGCUUCACAUUCCAGUGACACCAAAGGAAACAAAACAUUUAGUAGAUUUAGUUUCAGCAGCGUAUUGAAUGAUGUAAAAUGAUUCCGUGUUAAAAGACGACUUCCUUCCUGUUUAUGUCCGUUAAUAUGUCCCACUGGAGACCCACAGACUACGGGUCGGAGUCAGAGGGUCCGGUCCCUCACUGUAGAAGCAAGACUCCAAAACCGGGACUGGAGAACUGAACCAUGGAUUUCUGUUGACACCAUGUGGCUCCUCCUACUUGUUGCAUCUGUGUGCAGUUGGUUCUCCUGUGGAGACAUCUUUGGGGAAACACUCAAGAACUCUGCUCCUUAACUGAACUUGUCCCUCAGACCUGGGGGACCCUGCACCGGUACUCAGGAGUCCUGCGCCAACUCACAACACAUCAGCAGAGGUGUGGUCCAUUACUGGACGGGAGUUUUCUUCCACUAUUGUUGAUUAUUCCGUCUAAAAAUUGUUUUGUAAUGUAUAUUAUAAAACAAUAUAUGUUUAUUGUGUGAUGAAAUAAAUGAAUGCUUC